UUUUCCAGGAAGCAUUUGAGAACGAGCGGCCAUGUGGGGUGUGGCGUCGCGUGCGUUCGAGAUGGACCUCCGCCGUCCGGAGAUGGUUACCAGUUUGCUCGAUCUUCUGAGUGAGGCACUGGAGCAGGCAACUUUUUGCCGCAUCGUAUCGAUCUUCCAGUCGAGCGGAUGGGGAAAAUCGAGGACCAUUUGUGAGCUGUGUAGGGAGGAUGUUUGGGUAGUGUAUUGCUCAUUUGCGCAGGGGACAGGAUAUCCCAGACGUUCUCCGAUAGCCGCGUGGUUUCUAGAGAGAGUGAACUCAGUUAUUAGUUCAGAAAAGGAGGGGCAGCUAUCUUGCAUGGCAUUCUGCCUGGCCUACUUCGAGGCGGUCCUGGAAGAGUUCCUCAUAGUGGCUCCAUCGCUAACACCGGAAAAAUUUGUCAAGAUCCUGUAUAGAAGUGGGGAUACGGACGAGGACGGCAAGGCUAGCUUUCCUUAUCCAGAGCAAGGCAUCCGGUUCUGGGACGCUGUCAAAGUGAGAGUGGAGCAGCUGCUACCGGUGUAUGUUGGUGAGGGCCUUUAUCAAUCCAAAGGCGACACCAGCGGGGAGUGCUGGAAAGAUUGGGAAGAGCGGGCUGCCCGUCGAAUGGAACCAGUGGUGGAGAAGUUGGAAAGGUUUUCACCAGGCAGCAACAAGUUGAAGGUACUCUUCGUCUUUGACGAGGCAAGGAUCCUAGUACCGGAGCUGCUUGAUAAGAAUGUGUUCUUGCCCCUGCGAAGAGCCACUUCCGCAUUUAGGCAAGGUGACGGGGUUCUUGCGCUCUUUGCUGACACGGCCAAGAUAGGAAACUUCGCUGGGGAAAUAUGGAUGGACCCCUCUGACCGUCUGCCGGGUACGAAUCUGAGGCUGGCUACUCCAAUCUGGGCCUGUUUCUGGGCGGAUCAUGGCAUAGUAGAUUGGAACACUAUCUGCAGGCAGCAUGACAUUCCCGAAGAUGACGUUUUGUCUGAAUAUUGGCCUCUGAGGUACGGUAGACCCCUGUGGUGGUCGACGUUCAGGGGUGGCCUGGAGCGAUAUUCAAGCGCUAGGGCCCUGACGAAUGUUUUCAACCUCGCCCGUGACAAGCUACUGGGUGGAAGAGGAGGCUGGUCCAAGUAUGCUCUCUCCCCCAGUUCACAAGAUAGCCGCCUCAAAGAGGAGGCGGCACUAGCUGUGGUGGGUUCAAGGUGCGCCAUCCAUAUUGAUCCACACUGUGCUGUGGUUUCCACACUGGUGGCAAGCUACCUGAUGACAGUAAUCAAGGUGAACGAGACUCGGGAGUGCCUGUGGGCAGGCUGGCCUAUGGAACCAAUUCUUGCAGGCGCUGCAGCAGAUAUUAUGCGAGAGUUGGACAGGCGGCAAAGGAACAGGGAGCUUUACUUCCCGCUCGCAAUGGCUUUCAAGAGUGGAUGGGUGUCCAAGGGGUACAGAGGCGAGCUUGUAGCCAGGAUUAUCAUGCUGCGAGCUCUUGACAAGGCGAGCAUGAAAGCCAGGAGGAGCUGGUGCACAGUCGAUGAGUUCGUGGAGGAACUUGUGGGAAAGUCAUUGUUGCGGCUUGCUCGUGAGCAGGACAACCAUUACGAGUUCAUAUGUCAGAAGAAGCAGAAGGUUGAGGGGAAUGGGAUCAAGUUCCUGACCAACGAGGUGCAACAAGUAGCGGCUUCUAAGCUUUGCAUAACCUCGUUCCACAAGAUUCACAAGAAGAGCCACGAGUUGUCGCAGCAAGACUUGCGGGCGGCUUCUGAAAGAAGAUGUGCCGUAGUAGCUGACGACAAUACGUGGGGUGUUGACCAUUUCAUUGCUGAUGCGGAGGGGACUGUGAAGGUGCACAAUCAGGUGAAGGCCAAAGAUUCAGACUAUGGCCUCAUUGAUCUGGCCAAGGAGUCUCCUGCCUUUUGUGGGCUGCCCAACACCGGCCCAUUUCUGAGCCUUCACAUGAACGUACUCGGGGAUGGUGACAAGGUGACUUUGGUGGAUCCUCACCGUGUGGAGCAAGCUGUGCGUGGACAAACGAAGAGCAAGGUGCUUGAGGCUGUGCUGGAGAGCGAGGCCCAAGCAAAAACAGGAGGCUCAAAACGGAAAUUAUGGGAGAAGCAGCGGACAAGAACCCGAGACUGUUUGAGUCUUGGAAGUCUUGGCUUGACAUGCCUCGGGGGAAUCAAGUCAUCUUGAAAGCAAAUGGGCUUGGAGCAUUCAAGCAGCUCUUGGGGCAUGAUAUCUUUGGCUUGCUGCAGGAGAUGAUGGUGUCUGCCUCGGUACUAGAUCCGUUGCAACCGUUUGAUAGGAUGCAGACGAAUAGUGUAGACAGCAUGUUCCCUGUUGUGAACGUCACUCGCUAGACUGAUGGCUCGCUUUCAUCGUAGUGUUUCAGGUUACAACUCUUGAU